CAUCAAUCCCAAAGAGCAACACAAGAGUCGGACGGAGAGACCUCGUUCUCAGAAGCAGCGAGCUCGCCACCCUCGCCGCCCUCUUCAGCUUCAGUGGCACCAAGCCGAGCUAUCUCGGCGUGCAGAAGAGUCCCCCCUCCCUUGCGCUCUGCCCUGCCACCAACAGCUGCGUGUCAACAUCUGAGAAGAUGAGCGAUACGACUCACUACGCGCCCCCAUGGAAUUACAACCCCAAGGAUGGCCCCAGGGGUAAACCCAUAAGUAAAGACGAGGCCAUGAAAGAGCUCAUCGAAGUUGUAACGAAGACAAAGCCGGACAAGUUCACUCCAAAUAUAGUAGAGAAAGGAGAUGACUAUGUUCGAGUUGAAUACGAGAGCCCUAUAUUCGGGUUUGUAGACGAUGUUGAGUUCUGGUUCCCUCCUGGCAAGAAAUCAAUUGUUGAAUACCGAUCGGCAUCUCGGUCAGGAUUCAAAGACUUCGAUAUCAACAAGAAGAGAGUAAAGGCACUGAGAUUGGAACUGGAAAAGAAGGGCUGGGCUUCAGAAAGCAGCUUCUGAAUAUGAUAUGAACUAGAACGCCUAUAAAUUGAUCAACUGUGCGCCGGAGGAAGGUGGCUAUAUAUCAGCAUCAGUAUCAUGACCCAUGACUGCUUUUCCCAGCCCAAGCCAUAAGGACCAGCUAGGCGCACUCACUACUCAACAAUGGAAUAGAGUCAAAAGGAACCAUGGGUGCCAUUGGGGAGUCAAACCCAACAAAGUCUAGUGUACCACUACUGCAUUUUUUUACUGCCUAGUGUACUGCUUAAUUGACCUGUGCAUUUGUGCGAUAGUUAGUAGCUAGCUUUACUCUCAAAAAAACUGUUAGUAGCUAGCUUUAAUUCAGUGGUCGAUCAGGCUCCUGCGACAAAAAAAAAUGAACUCACUAUGUUUUUCAUUA